CCGAGCAAGACAAAUACACACACAGUUUGUGUAUAUAUCCACACGCGACACGCUCAAAAUCCUCGUUCAUCACUUUCCUCUCUUCGAAUUCCAUCAUCGGCUUUCUAUCUCUCUCUCUCUCUUUCUCUGCAUGGCAACUUGGAAAUCGGAAUUCCAAGAAUUUGUAUUAGGGUUUUCGUUUUACAUGAAGGGCCUAUUGGAUCGUACGAAGGUGGUGCUGAGGCACCUGCCCCCCACGAUUUCUCAGUCAAACCUUGUCGAGCAUAUUGAUUCCAGAUUCUCCGGCCGCUACGGUUGGCUCGCCUUCCGCCCUGGAAAAUCGAGCACAAAGCAUUUAACUCAUUCUCGAGCUUAUAUCGACUUUAUAAGACCAGAGGAUGUCAUCGAAUUUGCUGAGUUUUUUAAUGGCCAUGUGUUUGUCAAUGAGAAAGGGUCUCAAUUUAAAGCUAUUGUUGAGUAUGCUCCUUCACAGCGCAUACCAAAACAAUGGUCUAAGAAAGAUGGUCGUGAAGGGACUGUAUUCAAAGAUCAUGAAUAUUUGGAGUUCCUUGAAUUUCUUGCGAAACCAGUUGAGAAUCUUCCCAGUGCAGAGAUACAGCUGGAGAAAAAAGAAGCAGAACGAGCAGGCGCCCCCAAGAAUGUCCCAAUAGUUACCCCAUUAAUGGAAUAUGUUCGACAGAAAAGAGUUGCAAAGUUUGGAGCUCGGAGAACCGUGGUGAAUGGCAAGUCUUCAAGAAAAGUUGGUGGAAUUUCAUCCAAGAGUCCUGUCUCAGGUUCUUUAAAACGAGGCUCUGAAAAAAGGACUUCUACCAUGUAUGUCUUAAAGGACAGCUCAAAGGGUUUCGGAGGGAAGGAUAAACCAACUUUCCUGGUAGUUUCUAAACACGAUGAUCAACUCGCUGACAAGUCCGACAUUUCAGCUUCUGUCUCCAGAGAUGCUGCACCGGAAAGGGAUUCUGGAGGAUCGGGAUCCACUGGAAUUGUGAAGAAAAAAAUUCUGCUUCUCAAAGCGAAGGAAACUUCUAAUGAACGGUUACUUAGUUGUGAUGCCACAUCGCUAUGCUUCUUUGCACUUGAGGUAGACAGAGGAGCUAAUAAGCUCUAUGACUUCCUAGUUUGGCUGGUGUAUGAGAAAAGAGGAAAAACUAAUGAAGUCUUAUUUUCUGUUUGUUCUUCGCAGGAUGCAUUGAUUUCAUCCGAAAAUUCACAUAGUUCAGCAACUUUCAGAAACAAUCAGCAACGUGACACUAAAGGAAGGAUUGUCAGGAGUAUACUUCUUAACAAAGAUCCUCAUCAGAAUCAACCAUCACUAGGGUCUCAACGUGAACUGAGAACUCCGGCUUUGAAUCAAGAUAGGGACAAAAAACUUCCCCGGCCCCCAAUCAGUCAGUUGCUUCACAAGGAAACAAAUGUAUUUCCUGAAGAUAAGGCAGCCAUUAAUGAUUCACAUGCUGUACGUACUGAGAAGAAGGAAAGGCGAACGAAAAAUAGGGAUAGGCCUGACCGUGGUGUAUGGACUCCUAUCCGGCGUUCAGAGGGAUCACAUGCAAGUGAUGACUCGUUAUCUUCUUCUGCUUCCCAAACCUCCCAAGUUGUGGAUUCUGCAGAAGAUGCGAAAAAUGAGAUAUCGGUUACUCGUGGUGGAAAUUAUAGGCACAAUGGCAGUGGUCGCAACAGUCAUUACUCUGUUCAAAAUGGUUAUCGAAAUGGGGGGUGCCGUGGUUCAGCUUACAAUGUGAAAGAUGCAUCAGGCUCUUCAGUUGUGGAGGGGAAACCUUUGAAACAUGGAGCUUCAUCUGGUUAUGGCACCCAUGAGAAACAAGUGUGGGUCCAAAAGUCCAGUUCGGGCUCAUAG